AUGAAAUGCACCAACACAGGACAAAAUAUUGUUCAGAAUGAUAAGUUUGGAAGUCGUAUAUUUCUUAACCAAGAAAUUGAUGAGGUUAAUGAACUUCGUAGGAGUCUUUUAGUGAAACAAUUUGAAGCUGGUGUUUCUUCUUCUCAAACCAUACUUUCAUCUCAGAGUGUGUUUCCAGUCCGUCAAGAAUUUCUAAUUGAGACUCUUAAGAGACAUGUUGAUGAAAUUAUUGAGAUUGAAAGCGUAAGGUCAUGUGUCGUAGUUGCAACGAUCAAAAUUGUUCAAAAAAACUAUGGGUGGUUUUAUCCGACAUGUCGAGACUGUAACAAGAAGGUGUUGACUAAAACUGAGUACUUACAAUAUGCUAAAACCAUUUCUGAUGAGGUCAUGAAUCUGUCACCUACUUCAUUGGUAUAUUUGAGAGUGCAAGAUGAAACUGGCAGUGUGUCUUUUGUGAUGUUUGAUAAAGAUGUAAGGAAGCUCAUUGGUUCAACUACGAGUGAUAUAAGGGAACGCCAAGUGAAGGUCAAUGAUACUGAAAGUUUUCCCCCUGAAAUAUCUCAGUUGGUCGAAAAGAAGUUGGCUUUUAAAAUUGAAGUUUCUGAUUACAACCUUAACCAUGACUACCACGUUUACACUAUCCAAAAAGUAUGUGAUGAUCCGGACAUAAUCGCUGAAUUGGUUGCUGGUAAUGGUAAUGCUCUUGAUGUUGCUGAUGAGGUGUUUAGUCAAGAAGGUUCAGAAUUCAAAGCUGUUCAAUUAUCUGAAUCCUCACAGAUGGCCGGUGCUGCUAUUUCAAAGGAUGUUGUAUUUGUUACGGCCGACUCUUCCGUUGUCGAAGCCGAGAAGGAUUCGGGCGCCAGUCCUAAUGUUAUGGAGAGUAAAAAGAAUUUUAUACCAAGAGAUAGAGAGUAUUUUCCACAGUGCAGUACCCAACAGUCCAAAGAAUCAAGGAAGAUAAGAAAGUUUAUCUUGAAUAAGCGUAGGAACAUUGGUGUGGUUCACUUUGUACAGACACCUCCUAUUAUUGAUACACUUCCGGGCAAUGUUACUAUUACUACGAACAAUAAUGGAGGACAAUCUGGAAAGGCUAAUUAUGGUGUUUAUGACUCUAGAAAGAGGAAACAAAGAUUCAAAAUGGUGGAUAUAAGUAAAUUUGAUUUAUCUAUUGUAGCUGAUGUAAGGAGGACAUCUUCAAUGGUCACACCGCUUGAAUCAUCAAAGCAUAAAAUUGAGAGCAGCCCAUUAACGAAUAUUACAAACUUGGAUCGUGUUACAGUAAGGUCCAGUCGAAGUGAUAUUCCAACUCCUCAGAAUAUUGAUAUUAGAACUUCUCGACAGUUGCCAAAGUGUUCCGUUUCUGAUUCACUAUAUUUGACUAAUGUGUUGCUUAUCCUCCUACCCAUUGGAACCGAUGUUAAUUGUCAUUUCCAAAAUGAAACGGCGGGAAAAGAAAACUCCUACCCUGGUGAAAGGUCUAACUUUGAUGAUUCCAAUUCCUCUGAUUGUUUACCAUCUUCUAUCGUAAAAAAGAUUUACGGAAUUGCAAGAGAAUACGUUGAUCAUGGAGAUGCUAUUUUUGUAUGUUCUUACUGUCAUGCAAUGCUUUGGAAAGAUGAAAUGCUUAGGGGUAAUUUGGAUUCUAAGAAAUCGUCUUUUUCUCUUUGUUGUUCGAACGGAGACGUUGAAUUGCCUCCCUCACAUGUUCCUCCUCCAUUGCUCGAAAGCUUGCUACCAAAUGAUGGUGAAGAGCCUAAAUUUUCACAGCUUUAUAUUUAUGAUUCCCAAAACGAGGAUUUUAACCGUCAAAAGGCUGUAAGUGUCGAGGAAGGUUCGAAGACAAACACUAAACAAGACCUUGAUCUUGCCAUCAUAUCCAGUCUUAAAAAAAUGUUGGAUUCUUGCAAUCCACUUGUGAAGUCAUUUAGAAUGGUACGAGAUUGUUUUAAAGAAAAUGAUUGGCAAAAUGUAAGACUCAAGCUCAUUGGAGCAAGGGAUAAGGAUGGUAGAAUUUUUAACUUGCCCACUGCUGAAGAAAUUGUUGCAUUAAUAAUUGGUGAUUUUGAUGGAGCCUUUGAUAAAAGGGAUAUCAUUAUUCAAACAAAAUCAGGCGAUCUUCAGAUUAGUGAGCUUCAUCCCUCUUAUCUUGCAUUGCAAUAUCCACUUAUCUUCCCAUAUGCAGAAGAUGGAUUUAGACUUGGUAUUAAACAUCGAGGUGUUUCAGUUGAUUGUGAUAUACUUAGAACCAGCACCACAAUGAGAGAAUUUUUUAGUUACAGAAUACAAGACAGAGCCAACCAAUUUUCGUUGUUACUCAAUGCCCAAAAGCUAUUCCAACAGUUUUUGGUUGAUGCGUAUACAAUGAUAGAAUCUGCACGGUUAGCUUACAUAAAGACACAACAACCCAAACUUAGAAGUCAAACAUUUAAGAAUUUAAAUCAAAGUGUUGAAAGUGGAGAAAGCGAUGCGUCAAAUUGUGGAAAACGAAUUUUGUUGCCAUCAUCAUUUACCGGUGGAUCGAGAUAUAUGAUGCAAAAGUAUCUAGAUGCUAUGGCAAUCUGCAAAGUUGUAGGAUAUCCGGAUCUCUUCAUAACAGUCACUUGUAAUCCCAAUUGGCCUGAGAUUUAUAGGUGUUUAAAAGACAAACGGUUGAACCCUCAAGAUAGACCGGAUAUUAUCGCACGGUUAUUCAAAAUUAAAAUCAAUCAUCUAAUUCAAGAUUUCAAGAAACAUAAAUUCUUUGGUGAGAUACAAGCAAUUAUUUAUACAAUCGAAUUUCAGAAACGUGGUCUACCUCAUGCUCAUAUAUGUUUGUUCUUAAGUGUCGAGAGCAAGUUUCCAACUGCUAAAGAAAUUGAUUUGGUUAUUAGUGCUGAAAUACCUGACAAAGAGACGGAUGUUGAACUGUAUGAACUUGUCAAACAGUUUAUGAUCCACGGUCCUUGUGGUACAGACAACCCUCAUUGUCCAUGCAUGGUUAAUUUAAAAUGUUCGAAGAAGUUUCCGAAAAAAUAUGUAGAUGAGACUUGUGUUGAUUCUGAAGGAUAUCCUGUCUACCGUCGUCGUCAAUCAUGCAACACUGUAGAAAAAAAUGGUGUGUUGCUUGACAAUAGGUUUGUAGUUCCGUACAAUGCUAUACUACUCAAAAAGUAUCAGUGCCACAUAAAUGUUGAGUGGUGUAACCUGUUAGUAAUCUGUAUGAAUAACCGAACAUAA